UACAUUUCCACCGACCUGGUAUUAAUCACCUGUGACUUCAUUUAUGAUGAGUUUCCGCGAAGAUUAAUCAUUACCAUGGCCAGUGGCGCGUAUGAAAACAAACCCGAGGAUUCGCUCGCCCAGGAGAGCUCCAUAAUCGACACAUUCGCGCCCGAAGCCCGAUUUGAGUGCCCCAUUUGUUUGGCCUGGCUCAGAGAUCCGGUCGUCACGUCCUGCGGCCACCGUUUUUGUCGUACGUGCAUCUAUUCUUGGCUGGAGCGAGAAACGGCUUGUCCUGUUGACAAUAUGAAACUGGAAAAGGAGAAGGACAUAUUUCCGGACAAUUUCACCAGGAGGGAGAUCAACCAACAGCGUACCAAAUGUCCGAACAUUGUGCGAGGUUGCAUGGAAGAACUGGCCCCUUUGGACAUUGAGGUGCAUUUGAUGCACUGCAAGUUUAAACCACCAGAGUUGCCAGAGAAUGAGAAGCUUCGGUGCCAGUUUGUUGAGUUUGGCUGUGAGGAAAAGUUUGAGGAUGAGCCAGAGUUGAAAAGGCAUUUGGAUCAGGAUGUACAAAAGCAUUUGGCUCUGGUUUCUCAAGCUUUUACAAAGGUUAGCAUAACAAACCAAGCAUCCACAAGUGCUAUAGCUCAACAGGCAAAUUUCUGGGACCCACCCUCAAAAAGUGAAUCUCAAUCUUCAAAUACAAUAGAUGAUAAUUUUCAACAAUUACUCAGAGCUUUAUAUGAGAAAAUAGUUGUGCUAGAACAAAAAUCAAGGGAACAGGAUAUCAUAAUAUCAAAUAUGUCAGAGCAAAUAAAUGCAAAUAAUCUGGCACUGUCGAAAAUUUCAUUGCGUCACUGUAAUGGGUGCUUUUUAUGGUACUUGAAUGACUUUAAAAAUAAAAUGAAUGAUAUGAGAAAAGACUAUAGAAUUAUGCACUAUAGCCCUGGUUUUUAUACCUCACCAAAUGGAUACAAAAUAUGUGUUAGAAUAAAUUUGUCACCAAAGGACCCAAAUUAUAUCGCACUUUUAGUACACAUGAUGAAAACCGACCACAACAACUCUUUGGAUUGGCCAUUCAGUGGCAGAUUGACCAUUACAAUUAUUCAUCCAACGGAGUCAUACAGGAAUAUUAAGGAAACGAUGAUGACACGCCCGGAAAUAGACGCUUUUAAAAGACCCGUCCAGAACAUGAAUCCCAAGGGAUUCGGCUACACCGAAUUUGCGUUACUUGACGAUUUGUUUUCGCAAAAUUUCAUCCAAAACAACACUUUAAUCAUCAAAGUUCAAGCUCAACCAGUGUAAAUAUAUUUCGUAUCACACCAUACGUGUUCAACAAUUACAUUCCCGCAUUGAGAUUUGCAUUUUAUUGUGAUAAACAUUUGAAUCAUAUUUCAUAUUUAUAUUUGUUAUACACAUCAUGGUUUGUGUUGCAGUAUUACUUUGAACAAUCAUCCGUCCAUAAUAUUUAUAUUGACAUAUUACAGAUGUUUAAAAUUUUAUUGCAUUGUUAAAUUAGGUGGUUUUAACAUCUUAUAUUGUUAUUGAAUUAAUUACAUAAUAAAGUUAGCAAAUAAAAACACA